AUGCAGGUUUCUACUGCUAUUUCAUUGUUGGUUGUGGGUGUCGUUGGCCGAAUCGCAUUUGUUCGUUACCACAAGUUUCGUUUCAUUGUCCGCAUCUUUCUAUUCCUUAUCUGCAUCGCCAUCUCGUCAUUAGCUGGCAUACUUGCUUCUCCUGUUCUCUAUUUGAUUGGCAAAGGAGGUUAUGCCAACUGGCUUGUUGGCCAAAUAUUCUAUCGAACAGCUUCUGUUGCUUGUAACAUCAAUUGCAAUGUUGAAGGUGCUGAACACUUGCUUUCUAUUCGUCCCUGUGUGUUUCUCGCCAACCACCAGAGUCUUUUGGAUAUGUUUACUCUUGGUGCUGUUUUUCCUGUCAAUACAGCAAUUCUCGCAAAGGCGGAAAUCAAAUGGUAUCCUUUUAUGGGUCAAUUCAUGCAACUUGCCAGGAACAUCUUUAUUAAUCGAAGUGAUAGAUCAAGUGCCAUUGAAACCAUGGCAAAAGUGGCCGAUCUUUUGAAAAGUCAGAAUCUUGGACUGUGGAUGUAUCCAGAAGGCACACGAUCGCAGGCAAAAACUAAAAUGCUGCUACCAUUUAAAAAAGGAGCAUUCCAUCUUGCUACACAGGGCAAUAUCCCGCUCAUUCCUAUUGUCUGUUCUACAUAUUAUCCCUGCUACAGCGAGUCUGAAAUGGUAUUUGAGCCUGCGACGAUUCAGAUCAGAGUUCUCCCACCCAUUGAAACUGCCGGUUUAACAACUGCAGAUGUGGAUCAACUAAUGGAAACAACGCGAAAGGCAAUGCUAUCGACUCUUGAACAUUUAAAUACUAAACCCAAAGACUCUAUAUCGAUGCCUAAAACAAAAACUGAAUAA